AUGAACAAGCAGAGGGCCAAGUUGCCACUGUAUGUAGUGCAGGGAAGUUCACCCCCACUCUUUGGUCGUGAGUGGCUACGAAAAAUUCAAAUUGACUGGCGAGAGAUAAAGACAGUCCGUGAAGAGACGCUAGAGGGUGUGCUACAAAGACAUGCCGAGGUUUUUAAGAAGGAGUUGGGCACCCUGAAAGGCAUGGAAGUAGCCAUAGCGCUGAAGCCGGAUUAUGUCCCACGUUUCUGCCAAGCGAGAGUUGUUCCCUAUGCGCUUAGACCAAAAGUGGAGGUUGAAAUUGAACGACUGUGUGAGCAGGGAAUCAUAUCCCCUGUCAAAUUCAGUGAAUGGGCAACACCUAUUGUGCCUGUUGUUAAAAAGAAUGGAGAUGUAAGGAUAUGUGGGGAUUUUAAAGUCACAAUUAAUCCUGCCCUGUGCGUGGAGAAAUAUCCUAUUCCACGCAUUGAAGAUUUAUUCGCUUCACUUUCAGGAGGGCAGCAUUUUAGUAAACUGGAUUUGUCUCAUGCCUACUUGCAGAUGGUGAUCGAGGAAAAUUCCAGAAAAUGCCUCACAAUAACCACAUCCAAAGGUCUGUUCAUUUACAACAGGUUGCCAUUUGGAGUUACCUCAGCACCAGCCAUAUUCCAACGUGCCAUGGACCAAGUCCUACAGGGUCUGCCGAACGUCCACUGUUAUCUGGACGACAUAUUGGUCAGUGGACAGGAUCGUGCGCAGCAUCUGAAGAACCUGGAUGCUGUCCUUGGGCGCUUGGAAGAAUUCGGCUUACGAGUGCAGAAGGAAAAAUGUGAAUUUUUCAAGGAUUCACUGGAAUAUCUGGGUCACGUCAUCGAUGCUCAGGGUCUACACAAGGCACCUGAGAAAGUCAGAGCAAUCGUGGAGGCUCCUGCACCAACAGACGUGAGUCAGUUACGUUCUUUCUUGGGGUUAAUCAAUUAUUACAGCAGAUUUAUCCCCAACCUGUCAUCUAUCCUAAGCCCAUUGAAUGCUCUGCUGUGCAAGGGGAAGCAAUGGAAAUGGACAUCUGAAUGUGUAGCAUCUUUUAAAGAGGCAAAAGAGCAGCUACUUUCUCAAAGUGUGUUAACCCACUAUGACCCACAACUUCCCAUUCGGCUGGCGUGUGACGCAUCACCUUAUGGCGUUGGCAGCGUCAUUUCACACAUCCUCCCGAAUGGACAAGAGAGGCCUAUAGCUUUUGCAUCAAGGACUCUGAAUAAGGCAGAAAGAAAUUAUGCCCAAAUUGAGCGUGAAGCUCUUGGCAUUAUAUUUGGAGUUCGUAAAUUCCAUCACUAUCUUUAUGGUAGACAGUUUACACUCCUUACAGACCAUCGCCCGUUGACUUCAAUUCUGAGCCCGUGCAAAGCAACACCAUCUAUGGCUGCUGCUAGAAUGCAGCGGUGGGCUCUCUUGUUAUCAGCCCAUAACUACACCAUACAGUACAGAGAGGCCGCUCGUCAUGGUAAUGCUGAUGGGCUUUCACGUCUUCCUUUACCAACAUCACCAAGAGAGAGAAAGAGUGCUGUGGACAGUUUUCACAUUAAACACCUGGAAGCCUUACCUGUGAACAGCCAAGAAAUCUGCAGAGAGAGCAGGGGUGACCCUGUCCUUGCCCAAGUCCUGGACAUGGUCUCCACAGGUCGAUUUCCAAGGGUCCAGGAUGCAGCCAGCACAUUGGCACCAUUCAUCAGCCGGAAGGGUGAGUUGACACUCCAGCAAGGUUGCCUUAUGUGGGGUGUGCGUGUUAUCAUGCCCUCAAAACUGAGAUCACGAGUGCUGUCUGAACUGCAUACUGGACACCCAGGUGUUGUCAAAAUGAAAGCUGUCGCCCGCAGUUACAUGUGGUGGCCCGGAAUUGAUGCUCAAAUAGAACAAGUCUCUAAAACCUGCCAAUCCUGUCAGUUUACACAGAAAGCACCGGGACCAGCACCGCUUCAUCCAUGGACCUGGCCGGGAUCCCCAUGGCAGAGAAUCCAUGUUGACUUUGCCGGACCGUUCCAGGGCCAAAUGUUCAUGGUAAUUGUAGACGCCCAUUCUAAAUGGCCGGAAGUGCAUCUCAUGACUUCCACGACGACAACCAAGACCAUCCACGUGCUCCGAGGGCUAUUCAGUCGCUAUGGGCUCCCUGAGGUGCUGGUGAGUGACAAUGGCCCCCAGUUUACCUCACAUGAGUUUGACAGCUUCAUGAAAGGUAACGGAGUAAAGCACAUCCGCUCUGCACCAUUCCAUCCAUCAACAAAUGGUCUUGCAGAACGUUUUGUACAGACAUUUAAGCAGUCACUGAAACGCUCCACUGGAACCACAUCGAUACAACACAGAUUGGAUGCCUUCCUACUCAUGUACCGCAACACUCCCCACUCCACAACGAGGGAGACCCCUGCCAUGCUCUUCAUGCAUCGCAAGCUGCGAUCUCGACUCGACCUGCUGAAGCCCAGUGUGACAUCAGUGGUAGAAAAAGCACAGGAGGCCCAGUGUGCUUAUCGAGACAUGCAUGCAAAAGCCAGAACGUUCAAGGUUGGAGACCCAGUCCUCGUUCGGGAUUACGGGAGAGGAGAGAACAAGUGGACACCAGGAGUCAUCAAAGCUGAGACUGGUCCUGUAUCCUACACCGUCGACAUCAGCGCAUCGCAACGCUGGAGGAGACACGCAGACCAGAUGCUGGCCAGGUAUGCUGAAUUUGAUACUCCAACAGACAACGACGGAGCUGCAUCGUCAUCCAUCUCAGCAGACCUGCCUGUGCUGAACAGCACCGUUCCAGAACCAGCUGCUCCGGUUCCUGUGAGUGACCCCGCCCCACCACCCCAGGUAACCCCAGAGGGAAACACCACAUCACUUCCAGAGACUGGUAAGAGAUAUCCUUCCCGUACUGUUAAGGCACCUGAUCGUUAUGUCCCAUGA